AUGGAUUUUAAUAAUCCUGUAGUUCUUGUUGAUGAGAUGGAUGCUGAUUUAUCAGAUGAAGGGAUGCACCUAAACCAAUCAUCUGGGAGAACUAGGAAAAUACCCUUACUAGACUGUUGUAGUUUCUGUAAGAAUCCACUGCUUGCAGCAAUUGGUCGUAUAACUGGAUUCAAGAUGCUAUUGUACAUCUCAUUCAUCUACCUAAUGCCAGUGUUUUUUCUCUGGAGCAAAUAUAUAUGUGUUUUGGACUUUGUUUUUCUUGUACCUGGUCAAGCACCCACCUUAAGGAGGGUGUCAUUUUUACGUGGCUAUCCGGCUUUGCGGUUUUCCUUUGGUCUUCUCCUAGCUUUACUACUACUCUUUUCCGAAGCUGUUGAGGUCUAUUGUUAUGUAGCAAAUUUUAUCAACGUUCGUUUAUUGGGGUCUUCCAUUGAUGACUUCCUUUAUGAUGGCAACAACGGUACCUUUGGCGGAAGGGAUGUAGAAGCUUCGGGAUCUGCCUUUUGUCGCCACGACUCUACAAAGUCCAAAUCAAGCCAGGGUUUUGCUGAAUGGUUCAGAAGCUUGUCUGCCAAAUUUAGAUAUAUCCACGUAUUCCACCACUUACGUUGGUUUAUGAUGUCAUCUUUGGUAUCAAUACCCCCACUCGUCAUGUUUUCUAUCAAUUUAUAUUAUUAUAAAGGCGCUUUUAUGGUUUCCAGAUACUAUAUAGAGACCAUGGAUUUUGCCUUGGGAUUACUUCUCCCCAUGGCUUGCAUCAUGAUAUUUACCUGCAUAGUUUAUCCAAUCUACUUGAUCACGGUAACAAUUGUAAGUGGAACCGAUGUCCACUACAGCUCCUCGAAGGUAUCCCACUCAUUAGCUGUACUUUGUUUGCAAGAUUCAUGCCCUUGUGAGCAAUUGGUCAAGGAACAGGUUUCGCCUGCGGUUAAGAGAAACUUGGAAAGACAUUCUAUUUAUUUGGGUUUUGGAAAACUGAUUUUUGUCAUAUCUACAGGGAUACUUUUUAUUUGUUCACUUGUCUCGAUCUUCCUAUUGUAA